AUGUGCUACAGACUGGUUCCCGUGACCAGCUACGCCUGUGGUCACCAAGAACCUGGACUGCCGACCACGGUCGACUGCGGCUCUUCCACUUGCAAGUACAGUUCCAGUCACCCACAGAACUGUGUUGACUGUACUAGCACCUGCGUGCAGUGGUAUAUAUCCUCUCAGGAUCAAACGUGGAAUUGCUGCUGA